GGCGUCUUGGCCCUUCCCCCGCCCGCCUGCCUCACACGCUCGCUCGCUUUCCCCCCCUCACAGGGACUUCCUGCGCGGCGCCGGGCCCAGCCGGGCGAAGCAAGCGGGCUGUCUGGCUGGCGGAGCUCUGCCGAGAGUUGAAGGUGGAAGUUUCCAUUUUCAUCUCAGCUAACAAAAUAUGCAACUCGUUAAUUCAGCUGAUGGCUGCCUCACAAAACUGAGCAUGGUAUUUGAUGUUCCCUUGCUGAGAAUGUAUUCCUGAGAAGUGCAUGGAAGUAGACUUCCUCCAAGAAGAGUCCCUGAAGAAUUUCCUGGAGUUACAUGUUGGGAAGAAUUUUCUGCAUGAACAAGACGGGCCAUGCACAACAUGACUUAAGUGUGCUGCUACUUAAUACUUACUUCAUCCUUAAAAUGGUUAGAGUUGUGUGUAUUUGAUUCCUUUCUGAUGAAUAUUUUAGCCAUGAGUUUACAUCGGCAAAUGGGAUCCGAUAGAGACCUCCAAUCUUCUGCCUCCUCCGUCAGCUUGCCUUCAAUUAAAAAGGCACCAAAGAAGAGAAGAAUUUCUCUGGGAUCUCUCUUUCGAAGAAAAAGGGAUACAAAACGCAAAUCCAGGGAUAUAAAUGGAGGUGUCGAUGGGAUUGCAAGUAUUGAAAGUAUACACUCGGAAAUGUGUACAGAUAAAAACUCUGUGUUCUCUACAUAUGCAUCUUCUGACAAUGGAACGACCGUUAGCAGCAAACAAAGUGGAGAUUUCAUGGAGUGUCCCCUGUGCCUUCUGCGACACUCAAAGGAGAGGUUCCCAGAAAUAAUGACUUGUCAUCACAGGUCUUGUGUGGAUUGUUUACGUCAGUAUCUCCGGAUAGAAAUCUCUGAAAGCAGAGUUAAUAUCAGCUGUCCAGAGUGCUCUGAACGAUUUAAUCCCCAUGAUAUUCGAUUAAUAUUAAAUGAUGACAUCUUGAUGGAAAAAUAUGAAGAAUUUAUGCUUAGACGUUGGCUUGUUGCAGACCCUGAUUGUAGGUGGUGCCCUGCUCCUGAUUGUGGGUAUGCUGUGAUCGCUUUCGGCUGUGCAAGCUGUCCAAAACUUACAUGUGGGCGUGAAGGCUGUGGAACGGAGUUUUGCUACCACUGUAAACAGAUUUGGCAUCCAAACCAGACCUGUGAUGCUGCUCGCCAGGAGAGAGCUCAGAGUCUACGUCUGCGAACAAUUCGUUCCUCAUCCAUUAGCUACAGCCAGGAGUCUGGAGCAGCAGCUGAUGACAUAAAGCCAUGCCCGCGCUGUGCAGCUUAUAUAAUAAAGAUGAAUGAUGGAAGCUGCAAUCACAUGACAUGUGCUGUCUGUGGCUGUGAAUUUUGUUGGCUGUGUAUGAAGGAGAUUUCAGACUUGCAUUAUUUAAGCCCAUCAGGCUGUACAUUCUGGGGGAAAAAGCCAUGGAGUCGGAAGAAGAAAAUACUGUGGCAGCUGGGGACACUUGUGGGUGCACCUGUAGGAAUUGCCUUAAUAGCUGGUAUUGCUAUUCCAGCUAUGAUUAUUGGAAUCCCUGUGUACGUGGGACGCAAGAUUCACAAUCGCUAUGAAGGCAAGGACAUCUCAAAGCAUAAGAGGAACUUGGCCAUUGCAGGCGGUGUAACCUUGUCUGUAAUAGUUUCACCAGUUGUAGCUGCAGUAACUGUAGGUAUUGGUGUCCCUAUUAUGUUGGCUUAUGUGUAUGGAGUAGUUCCUAUCUCCCUCUGUCGAAGUGGAGGCUGUGGUGUAUCUGCCGGCAAUGGAAAGGGUGUCAGAAUAGAAUUUGAUGAUGAAAAUGAUAUAACUGUUGGUGGAACACAUGCAGCAGUAGAUACCACGUCAAUAGCAGAGGCACGUCACAACCCUAGCAUAGGGGAAGAAAGUGUGGGCGGAUUGAAUGGAAGUCUGAGUGCAAGUGGCAGCCACAUGGACAGAAUAGGAGCCAUUCGAGACAACCUGAGUGAAACAGCUAGCACAAUGGCUCUCGCGGGAGCUAGUAUAACAGGAAGCCUGUCGGGAAGUGCAAUGGUCAACUGCUUUAACAGGUUGGAAGUCCAAGCAGAUGUGCAGAAGGAGAGAUGCAGUCUGAGUGGAGAAUCUGGCACUGUUAGCUUAGGAACAGCCAGCGACAACGCCAGCACCAAGGCCAUGGCUGGAUCCAUUCUCAGUUCCUAUAUUCCACUGGACAGAGAGGGCAGCAGUUUGGAGGUGCAAGUAGACAUUGAAUCGAAGCCCACGAAAUUCAGACACCACAGUGGAAGCAGCAGUGUUGAGGAUGGCAGUGCCGUGUGCCGUAGUAAUGCUGCUGGUUGUUCGUCGACCUGCUUGUCGGAAAAUAAGUCUGGCACCACCAAGUGGUGUAAAGAUGCAACCGCAGGGAAAAAAUGUAAAGGUAAACUAAGAAAAAAAGGUAGCAUGAAGAUAAAUGAGACCCGAGAGGACAUGGAUGCUCAGUUAUUGGAACAGCAAAGCACAAACUCCAGUGAAUUUGACUCUCCCUCUCUCAGUGACAGUAUCCCGUCUGUAGCUGAUUCCCACUCUAGUCACUUUUCGGAGUUUAGUUGCUCUGACAUGGAGAGUAUGAAAACCUCAUGUAGCCACGGCUCCAGUGAUUACCAUAGUCGCUUUACUACCGUUAGCAUUCUCCCAGAGGUAGAAAACGAUCGCUUAGAAAACUCUCCACACCAAAGUGGCAAUUCUUUGCUCCUUCCAGUUACUCCAAACUCAGAAGUUCCACAGCUGAGUUACAUUGCAGAAGAAUGUGUUUAUAACGGGACCUCCAGCGGUGUGGACGUGGGCACUAGUGAAACACUGAAAGAAAGAAACAACAACCAUUCACAGCAUGCUGUGGAGUUAAACACUGCAAUUCAGACUGAGAUUUAAGCCUGUUAAAUGCUGCAGAAGUUUAUGUACCACUAAUGAACCCUUGUCUGAUAGCUGGCCAGGUAAUUUUUCAAGUGGCCAGCAGAAGCAAGGCUUCAAUGCAAUUUACAUUUUAUAUGUCUCUAUAAAGAUAGAAUGUUUUGUAUGGAACUUGGUUUCAGAACUAUGUGAAGUGACAUGAAGGUUUUAACAAGUGCAUUACAAUGAAACUAUGUGGAUCUUUUGUAUUCUUGCCAUAACUUUGCUUGAAGAUCUGUGGUGGUGUACUUGGAAGGGAAUGAAGGCUCACUAGCAUUUAUCAAACAAGUUACUAUUUCUUAGAAUGUUCAUGUAAAACCUCUGUCAGUGGACUUCUAGGUGCACAGCUGUGAUUUAACAUUGUGCUACAAUGAACAGCAUAUACCUAAGGAGUUGCCGUAACCAUGCCAAAUAAGUUUUAGUAAUAAUAAUUUUGCCUUCUACCUGGGGAAAGAUGUUAUCAUUAUUAUCUGCAUUAGAAUGAACUGGCUAUCUGGAGUGGAAUGUAAUCUGUUAAUGCUGAGGCACAUUCUUUGAGCAAGGUUAUGGCAUUUAUCAUAACUUUAAAUACAAAAAAAAUGGUACUUGAUAUAUGGUAGGUAGCAAGGUGACGUCUCCUUUUCAAGAGAGCAGGGGGAAUGAAUUAUAUUUGCAACUGACAGCAGCAGAUAAGGUAAUGAUAAUGCUGUAUAAAGUUUUUGUAAAAUUUAAAUCAUUUAAUUUGUAAUCGUUGUAGAGAAGCUGAUACGGUCACCUCUUACUAGGGGACAUCAGUUAUGCUGUUUAAUUCUUUGUGCCUUUGGAGGAGACUGGGGUCUUAAAUACCUGGUCUGUUGAUGAUUUUACUGUAUGGUUUUCCAGAAUGUCCUCAUUUUGCCACCUCUUUGGAAUCUGAAGGAAAACUACAGAAAAUCAACCGACUAUGGUAGAUUAAUGGGUAUCAUAAUACUGAAGUAUUAGCCUACCAAAGACUCACUCAGGCUUUUUGUGGAUAACUUUUCUCACAUCCCUUUGCGAGUCACAUGCACAGAAAUAAAGCACAGUGCAGAGCUUGCACAAACACAGCUGAUGGGCUUAAAAAAAAUCACUGGCUUUGGGGUGGGGGGUUGUAUCUCCCUCCUCUUGCUUAUGGAAAAUGUUCAGCUGAAUGAAGCUAGCCUCAGGCGCCUGCACUGUUCGAUGUCUGCGAUACAAUUCAUAAUGAAGCGUGCCCUCUCCCCCUUUCUGUGAGAGUGAGAGAGAGGUGGAUCUUCACGUAACAGUCUCCAAUAUUGUUUGUGUUACUCGUAUGUAUGGCCAUAAUGGUGCUACUGAAGAGUUUUUGGUUUUGUGAGAAGAAUGCCGCUGUGAGCUGCAGUCCUCUUUCCCCUCACCAGUUUCUUUAAUCUGCUUAUAACACUAGGUGCCAGAGAUGUUACUUGGUAACGCUUGUUACAAUAUUUGUAUAUUUGCUGUUCCAUUUUGCUCAAUGAUGUGUGUAAACUGCAU